AUCGUGUUGAUGUUUGUUUGAUGAUUGAUUUGGGUUGUGUUCAAUUGUGGCACAGUUUGUAGAGUUUUUGUAUUCCUGCUUUGGUUGAAGCUUUAAUUUCUAUUGUAUCUUUCAUAGUUGCUUAGAAUGUGUAGUUGUUUUCUUCACUGAUGGAUGCGUUGGAGUAUAGAAUUCCUAGUUACGCAACAAUGCAACUGAAACAUUCUCUACUUUUGGUCUUGAAACUGUGCUUGAUAUGAACAUCCAAUGCACUAUGGCAAUGAGAUUUUUUAAUCUUUGGUUUAUCUCUUUAUAUACAGUGAUGUCAGUUAUCAAUAACUGACAUCUUAGAUAAGCAGUCACGGAGGAGACUUACUUAUGUUGUGUAUUUUUUCCAGUUUCCAUUGUAUCUUCUGCCACGAUGUCAAGUGUGGAAGAGCCGCUUGGUCUUGACAAGUUGCCGAGCCUGAGUUCCAUUGAUCCCCAGGGGUUCUCCUGUCCUGAUUGCAGGUCCGGAGCAGAGGAUAUGGGGAUGGGAAGCUGCUGGAUUGAAGGGGGAAAUCGCAGCUCAUCCAAUAAUUCCAACAUGAAGAUGAUCACUUAUCUAAACGAUUGGAUAGUUGAUUCCGGAGCUUCUGUACAUAUAUGUGGCAAUAUAAGAGCAUUCAACUACUUUACUCCAAUGGAAGAAGGUGAGCAUCGAAUGGUAUUGCUGGGAGAUUUGAGGCCACUGCCUGUGAUUGGUAAAGGGCAAGUCGUUCUUAAACUUGCCUCAAACAACAUCCUUGUCCUGAAUGAUGUUCUUUAUGUUCCAAACAUAAGUCGCAAUCUAAUAUCAGUUUCCUCAUUAGGAAAAACAGGUAUAAGGGUUUUGUUCGAUUUUGACAAAAUUUUUCUCAUAAAAAAUAACAUUUUUAUUGGGAAAGGGUAUUGUUACAAUGGUGUUUAUCGAUUAGAGUGAAAUAUUUAAUAAUAAUGUACCUAGGGUUUGAGUUUUUUAGGGUAGGAUGAUGGUAAUU